AUCACUAAAUACUUAAUCCAAUACUACUUCCCCUUCAUACAAUUUUCAAAAUCGUAUAAAAAUAUGAAUUGUUUUGUGAAACAUUCCUAGCACCACCGAAGACUUAGUCCAACACUACUCCAGCUAGUUUGAGGUUAUCAAACGCACUUGUAACACAUAUAUACUUUAUCAAAAUGAGUAGGUACAACACUUAUCAUUAGCCAACAAUUGAUAGCACACAUAGUGUCACAAAAACCGAACACAAAUUCUAUUAAAAAUUAUCUACUUGACAAACCAAGUCCGUAGAUAUAGAAGUUUAAGUAGAAGUUUGAUGCAAUAAGAUUCUGACACUUGACUCUGUGUUUUGCUUGCAUGUAUAAGAGGUAUACGUAUACAGGGGUGUGUAAGGGGUACAUAAUGUAAUAUCUAUAAGGAUAUACAUAUGUAGAAGGAAUAUAUACGCAUGUAUAUACAGACAUGAUGUGGUAGAGGAGUCUUAUUAGGUUCAGGGGUCAUUUAUGACUAGCUAGUUAAUGUUCUGGAGCUAUUUGGCAGCCAUUAAGUGUUCAUUUUAUGUCAGUAAGCUAUACUAGUUGCACAUGACAGUAGAUAGUCAAACUCUUGCGUUUUUCACUUUGUAUGUACCAAGUAGUUUGUACCUAUCAUUAGAAAGAGAAAAUAGUACCCUUCCUUUCUUGUCUUCUUUCUAUAACAACAGACCCGAUGCAGACAAAGUAAGAACCUCAAAAAUUUGAUUAUACAGACACGUGCCACUAGCACGCCCUACUGAUAUACAGUCUAAACGUUCCGUAAAAGUUAUUCAUAAGCUUCCAUUUAUUAAUGCUACUUCAUAUUCAAUCAAUUACCUAAAUUGCUCAUAAAAUACAAUAAAAAUGCGACUAUAAACAAAAGCUUUACUAACAAAAGCUAAGGCAGGCUGACAAAGGGUUAACAAAAGUAGCAAGCUUACGAACGUCCGUAUACGUCAGAUGAUCGGAUCCUCCCCCAUCUAAGACACCGAUGAUUAUUAUUUGCGAAGAGUCAUAAAUAAUAAGGGAGAUUACGUAGGUCGGUAGCCGAGGUAUAAUUGAAUCAAAAUAAUGUAGAGGUAUCGUGUUGUACGCUCGGCCAAUCAUAACUCAGGUGAGGCUAUCUGGUCUCUGUGUGUCGGUCCGCGAGGCUACGGGGGAUGCGCCGAGGUUCCUCUAUAUAAAGGGUGUCAUCUCUAACCCCGGACACUCGUUCCACCACCAACAGGCCGCAAACGUCGCCGUCGCAAAACGCGUUAGUCGUACACGACCGCGAUUUCUCUUCUUCCUCCUCUUCUUCUUGUUGUUGUUGCUCCUCUGUUUUAUCCGCGAGAAGAUACCAACCCCCUCGAUCGGUAGACAGCGUACCCCUCUUGCGACAUGACCCUGUUAUCCUCCCUGUACGUGUUGCCCUUCCUCUGCAACUACGUUUUGGUAUCCUCAUCGAUACUGACUCCACUGAAAGCGGACGGCAGCCUCAGAAUCUUCAAGGACCCCUCCAGCGACUUCGACUACGUGUUGAAGAGACACAGCAACGUGGAUGGCCGUUCCGAGGACCCCGACUCGAAGGAACGACGAAGCAACGUCGGCUCUUCCUUCAUUAGAUACGGCCGCAGCGAUCCUGACGUCAACGUCGGUAAAACCUUGAACAGCGACGAUGGCAGCUCUAAAGUUAACAGGUAUCCCCGAUGGAAGUCGCCGGAUAUUGUCAUCAGGUUCGGAAGAUCGGGAUACAAGGCCAUGAACGAAAACAGGGAGUACAAGAGGGGAAGGAACGACUUGAACUUCAUUAGAUACGGUCGUAACGUGCAAACGUACCCCGUAGAGAUCGACAUGACAACGCUAUGUUCGGACUUACUAUCAAACGAAGAUUUAAAGGACUUUCAUCCGUACGAGACGAGGUUGCUACGUCUCUGCAACAUCUUGAACAACAUCGAUGGCGAUCACAGGAACAGUCUGGACUUCCUAGAGGAAAGAAUCGAUUCGAAACACGACUAGAAUCGUGGUCGAUCAUUAUUUCGCUCGAAUUCAUCGGGGUUUGUGUCGCUCGGCACAAGAAACAUGGCGACUCAACUUCCGGAACACUUCACCGCAUUGGAUCCUGAAAUUCCGACGGGCAACCUUAUUAUCAGCCGCCAUAUUUAUUAAAUUAUACGUCAGAUGAAAGUGUACUUAUCGUUUCACUCGGAGCGUCUUUUCUUUUGUGGAAUAUGAAAACUGGGGGGAAUUGAUGUAAAUUGAGGGAGUGGUCUUCGAGUAAUUCGAUCUUUGAAUAUUUUGUUAGUUGGGGUACUUUAUUUUUAUCCUGCGGAUUUUUUAUAUUUAGUCUGGG